CAGGAUUGGUCACCACAGCACCAGCGACGACAGCUCGGCCUACCGCUCCGUAGACGAGGUGAACUACUGGGACCAAACAGGACCCACCCCAUCUCUCGGCUGCGUCACUACAUGACGGCCCGCUCCUGGUGGUCCGAGGAGGACGAGAGGAGCUGGAGGAAACAGAGCCGGUAAGAUGGUGAUGGAGGCGUUUGAGAAGGCUGAGAAGAGGCACAAGCCCCACCCUGACUUGAUGUUCUCUGACGUGUAUGAAGAGAUGACCCCUAACCUGGUCAAGCAGAAGGAGUCCAUGUGGAGACACAUCCAGCAGUAUAAAGAGCACUAUCCCCUGGAUGCCUACGCCAAGUAAACACCACCACUGGAGGAAACUACAAAACCAGGAUCAAGGAGUUAGCCGGCUAAACAUUUAUUUUCUGGUUCAUUAAAAAAGCUAAAACUUUUUUUUUUUGUUUGUUGAAUCAAUUAGACCAUGCCCAAGUUUAUCUGUCUAAAACAAUAUAUAACAUUUAGGCUAGUUAGUUAGCUAACUCGUUGGUUUGCUGAUAGUAUAUCCUUCAGGUUCUGGCGAGUACCACAUGGUUACCUAUUCCCGACUCUAGAUGGCACCCUAUUCCCUACUCUAGAUGGAACCCUAUUCCCUAC